UGUCAGCAUAGAUUCUAUGUUUACGGGAAUCACCCAAUAUAUUGAGCUUAAUCCAACCCGAGAGGUGCAUAGUGUACUAUUAUUGGGACGGAGGUUGUAUCAAAGGCUUCUGAUGUGUCAGACGCAGUCUGAGAGAUUUCGAAGAAUCAUCACGAUUCACUGCAUUUCAUGUUUUUGAACAACGGGUUAGACCAUCCCUUCAUUACCCUUCCAAUGAACCAACUGUUCUGAAAACCUAACGAAUUUUGCGACCAACUCGCUGCUUUGCAGUAAUCUGAUGAUGUCAAAAGCGACCAUACCUUCAUUUGCCUUUCCUGCACUUUUCCUUACUGCAAUAUACUAUGCAGAUGCAUUCGGUUCGAGCGAUCCGAUGGCGUUGUCAACGGUAGCCCACAGUCGCCUGAGGGACGCAAAUCACGCGCCGUUUGCACCCCAUAAGCAUGUUUCCGCGUCGAGGAAGAACACUGUGCUUCGAAUGGGUUUCCUCGAUUCUGUAUUUUCGCGGUUUAUGGAUAAGAGGGAAGGAGACUUUGUCCGAUUGGAAGACAUGAACGAGCAAUUCUUUGGACCCGGCCCCGCACUCUUGCUUUACAGUAUCCCGGAUGCAAUCGAAGACGACGAAGUGAUGGACAUGCUCUCGGAUGGUGCUCCUGUUGCUACGUCGAAGGGAAUUUCCCUGGCACGAAUCACCGCCACGGACUUGCAGGCCAACGCGUGUGAUGGCGACGAAUCGGAUGGCAGCAACCAAUCGCUAUUGGAUCUGAGUCUCAACGAGGCCUUGGACACAGUAGUCCAAAGAGAAACGGUAUCUUCGUUAGCUUCCACUGCCACAAUUGGAAAGGUUUCAACCAACGUUGAAGAACCUUCCUGGACAGGGUUGCAGGAGAAAGAAGGAGAAACACCGUCGAAGGUGACAGGCUCUCCGGUAGUGUUAUUUUCUGGCUUUUCAAACAAAGAAAUGAUGGCCAGCUACAACAUUCUUGGCGAAGAAAUAUACAAAGAAACUGCUAGCUAUGGUCAACCUGGAGUUUCCCUGGCGUGUGCCACGGCGGUGCCGAAUGCCAUGGAAAAACCUUUGCGACAGGUCCUAACGGAAAUAUCCGGGGAUCACGCCGAAGCCAUGAAAGAAGAGGAAUAAUGGACAGCUGGUAGAAAAGGCGACAAGGAAAGGAGUAAAGAGACUUUCGAAAUGUAACAACUACAUUGGUGCCCACCUGUACCAACGACUCUCAGAUGCAAAAUGAAAGCAAGGGCUAUCAUCAUCCCUACCACUUUUAGUGGACACUUUUAGUGGAGUGGCUUUGUUUCUGACGGAUUGAGAAAUAGAUAAAUUCUCCUCCAUGUACAAUAGCUUGGAUUCUACUCCUCCAGACACUAAUGGUCUUGAGACUUGGUCCUGUAUAAUUUAUCCCGGGGUUUUCCUGUCAUAGUAGGCUCUAGUUUCUUUAUCAAGAGAUCUUUUCUGCUGAGGAAGUCUAGCUAGUACUAGUACUACUUGUAAAGAACACUGAUUGCCCAAGCAAAUAUUCUGUAUUCUUGGAUUUGAUUUCAAAAUGGGUAAGGUAAAUCAUUUAAUUUUUGCCUGCAAAAAGCUCUUUGUUCAGGUUUGAUUUUGAUAAGAGUUGAAAUAUUCCAAAAAAGACACAAAAAAAUAAAAAGCGAAAACUGAU